UGCAAGGGUGGAUCUCCAGGCUUUCGGAGCGGUGUAUUUCUGCCUGUCUAUCUUUGUAUCUGUGUGCUUUUAGCGGUUCCAUAGACGAGUUGGUUAAAACCGUUAACCCAUUUGUUGAAAUUGCACACUGGAAAUUGACAUGCACCUCCAUCGGAAUAAAUAAUUGAGGAAUGUGGAAAUUACAGAAUGCCCAACAGCGUUGGAAAGAGAUUUAAACCCAGCAAAUACAUCCCAGUCUCUACUGCUGCCACACUUCUUGUGGGGUCCACCACCUUAUUCUUCGUUUUCACGUGUCCCUGGCUGACGAAGGCAGUCUCCCCCGCGGUGCCACUCUACAAUGGCCUCGUCUUCCUCUUUGUGCUGGCCAACUUCAGCAUGGCCACCUUCAUGGACCCCGGCGUCUUCCCCAGAGCGGACGAGGACGAGGACAAAGACGACGACUUCCGGGCGCCGCUCUACAAGAACGUGGAGAUCAAAGGCAUCCAGGUCCGCAUGAAGUGGUGCGCCACCUGUCACUUCUACAGACCCCCGCGCUGCUCCCACUGCAGCGUGUGUGACAACUGUGUCGAGGACUUCGACCACCACUGCCCCUGGGUCAACAACUGCAUCGGCCGGCGGAACUAUCGCUACUUCUUCCUCUUCCUCCUCUCCCUCAGCAUCCACAUGGUGGGCGUGUUCGCCUUCGGCCUGCUGUUCGUGCUGCACCACGCCGAGCAACUGGGGACGCUGCACACCACCGUCACUCUGGUGGUGAUGUGCAUCACAGGGCUGUUCUUCAUUCCUGUCAUGGGGCUCACUGGCUUCCACAUGGUGCUGGUGGCUAGGGGGCGCACCACCAACGAGCAGGUGACUGGCAAGUUCCGCGGAGGAGUAAAUCCCUUCACGAGGGGUUGCUGUGGCAACGUGAAGUAUGUCUUGUGCAGUCCUCUGGCUCCCAGAUACACGGUGGACCCCCGUAAGAAGCCCCCCGUCUCCGUGCAGCCCCCCUUCCUCAGGCCUGACCUCUCCGACAGACUGGUCACCAUCAAGGUCAGCGAUAACGGCAUCCAUGGGAGCACCAUCAUCCGCUCCAAAUCCAAGAUCAGCCUGGAUGGACUGGAGGGCAAGGAGCCCCAGCAGCCCCCCCUGCCCCCCAAGGCAGACCGCUACAACCAGCUGAAGAACCAGCUCACCUCCAGCGAAGAAAGUUCACCGUCCGGUAAGACCCACCCCUCCACCCCGGCCAUGUACAAGUACCGCCCCUCCUUUGGCACCAUCCCGAAAGUUCACUACCACGCUGCUGACGAGAAGAUCGCGAUGCCUGACGACUGCAGGACGUCGGCGAUCUUGGAGGAGGGCGGCACCCGGGGCCACGACUACCGCUCGGAGCCCAACCUGGACCUGCCAGACUACCGCAACGCGCCCCUCCACCGCACCUUCCAGUCGUCUCCCUUCCAGCUGGACUCCUACCCCACCACCUCGCGCUCCCUCAGCCUGAAGCAGGCACACCGCCGGGGGGGUGGGAAGGGCCAGCUCCCCUCCCUCCAGCCCGAGGCGGCCCCCUUCACCCCCUACAAGAGCGUCUUCUCCCCCAACACCAUGUCCAACCGCAACGGCAGCCUCUCCUACGACAGCCUCCUGGCCCCCGGCCUCUCCCCGGGCGCCGCCAGCGUCGCCGCCGACUGUGUGACCCACCCUGGGAUGCCCUCCAUGGGCUUCCACUCGCCCUACCUGCCCACCAAAAUGUGCCACAUCCGGGGGCCCGAACUGCAGAGGCAGCUGCCUCCCACCUACAGCCCAGUGCUGACAGCCAGAGGGCUGGGCAGGCAGUCCCCCCACCCCAGGGACCCGUCCCCGGUGCGCUACGACAACCUCUCCAAGACCAUCAUGGCCUCCAUCCAGGAGCGGAAGCAGAUGGAGGAGAGGGAGAAGCUGCAGGUGCUCCGAGGGCGUGCCCAGGCCUACGCCUCGGACUCGGGCAUGUUCGACAGCCCAGGAGGUUACGGCCUUCCCCAGGGCCCCUACUUCCCGGACGUGCCCCGCGGCCCCGGCUCCAGAGGCCAAACGCCCCCGGCCUACGGGGGGUCCCGGGACAACCUGAUGGGGGUGGGCUUGGUGGGCUACGGCCAGCGGACCCCCGUGCUGCGCUCGGGGGGCUCCACGUUGGGCCGGGCCCCCAGGACUUCCACCAGCUCCCUCCACACGGAGCACAGCAGCAGCAGCAGCCGGGGCCCCGAGCCCCUGUACCGCUCCCCGGCCCACCAGCCCCACCAGUCCCCCGCCAUAUCCCGCUCCCCCUCCUACACCCACCAGAAGGUCUCCUUCAUCAGCGCCCUGGAGAGGACUGACUCUCCCCGCCUGGGGGGCCCAAGAGAAGCCAUGAUGCAAAGUAAAGUCAAUGGCCAGAUGGACUGCCACCAAGGAGCCGCCCCCUGCAGUGUUCAAGGCCCCCCCCUCAGUCCUAAUCGUCAUGGUAACGUCAAAAAGGUGACAGGUGUCGGGGGCACCACCUAUGAGAUAUCUGUGUGAGAUGGGCGGGGCUAUCAAACCAGGAUGGAUGCUGGGUGGCCACUGUCAUGGCAACAGUCUCCAAGGUCAACAACCAUGCCACAUAAGGAGAAUUGUCUUCUUCCUUAUUUUGAUCAGCUAUUGACCAAUCAAGGAGGCAUAGUACUUCCUGCUUGGAGAUUAUUGUCCAAUUGGAGGCUGCCUCUGUUUUCACAGGCCUAGAGUAAGUUUGGUGAUUGUAUGCGUGUCUGUACUGGAGGGGUUGGUCGUGAUUGUUGUGUUUCAUCACACCUGAGGGCUUAUCUAUGUAAGGGUGUUUUGCUGUUGAUCCGUUUUGUGGCUUGUGGUAUUGAUCAUCGGUCAGUGUCAUCCACACCUCUCAACUCUGGUACUUUGUUACAGCUGUUGAAGUUGUUGCUCUCACAAAGUACUUACAGAGAAAGACCCACUUAAGAAAACACUAUUGAAUGACAUUAUAAAACGUAUAUGACUCUCUGACUCUCUUGUUCCAUUAUACUACAAAGCUAUGGAAAGCCACAUGAAAAUUGCUCUGUGUGAAGUUGGUCAAACUCUUAUAGAGACCUGGUGCUUUACAUCCUCUUUAUCAUCUAACCAUGUCAAGAAAAAAAAAUACAAUUUCAUUGCAGAACAGCACGUUAGGAGCAGGAUUUAAGAACCAGUGUUCCAUUUGUAAUGAAUAUUGAAUAUUUAGUCAACCCAAGCUAAAUGAGGUCAAUAACAAGUUGUAGCAGCUGCAGAUGGAGUGGGACAGUGUAGUGUGGCUGAUGGCAGAGGCCCUGGUCCUGCUUGUGUUUUCACCCUGCCUGGGUGAGUUUGAGGGUCUUUCCCGAAGGUUAGAUCUCCUUCUCUUGUAUACAUAUAUGUAACAGAGUUACAGUCUAUACGUUACUGUAUACUGAAUAAUGUUGUCCAAUGUCCUCGUUAUGAAUAGGGAAGAUAAAUGGGAGCCACUCAGUCUGACAUUAAACUGAGGUGGCUUGGGUUCCGGAACAUUCUGAAUACCUCAUUUAAAUUGGUACUAGUCCUGUUUAGUGCUUUACCAACAAGAUAGGUGCUCAGCCCCAUACAGGCAACACACCUGCUUAUUUGUAUUUUGUUUAGCAGGUCACACUGUAAUUAUGUUCAGGCAUAUAGUUAUCUUUGCGACAAUUCAUAUCAAGAGAAUGAAACCAGUGCAAACGUAGUCACUGACUGUCAUUAAAUGAAGUUAAACCGAUCACUCAUUGUUUAUUUUGUAGUUUUUUUAUUGGUUUGUUUUUUAUACCCAACCUUUCAAAAAUGUUUGAUACAUCUUGCUUUUUUAUACAGAUACUCAAGCUUGAAAUGGAUGUUUGUAUUUUGAGUUGAUUUUAGGUUUAUUUUCUUUUUUUUAUGACGUAUAACUUAAAUAAAUAAAGGAACUAAUAAAUAAUAGAGCAGACACAGGGAAGGUUAUCAUAGUUUGUUGUAUUUUGCUGUGUAAAAAAGUAAUCAAUGAAUUUGUAUGACAAAGAAACAUAAGGGUAUGCAGCAGAUGUCAGGAA